UGUGACUUCCUGGUGUAGCUCAGUCCUUCUGGAGACAGCUGGAGACAUCUGUCCUCCGUGUGUCCCGACAUGUCCUCCGCCUACAGGAACAGAAUACAGGAGUUCAAAGUGGCCUUGAGUGAAGAGCACAUCGACCUGAAGACUCUGAGGGAGCUCUGCUUCAAUGGAAUCCCGUUUGAAGGAGGAAUACGAGCACUUUGCUGGAAGAUCCUUCUGAAUUACCUCCCACUCGACCAGACCAUAUGGGAGUCGGUCCUCAAGAAGCAGAGGGACGUCUACUCCCAGUUCUUGAAGGAGAUGAUCAUCCAGCCUGGUAUCGCCAAAGCCAACCUGGGCCUUUCCAGAGAGGACGUGACCAUGGAGGAUCAUCCUCUGAAUCCAAACCCGGACAGCAGGUGGAAUAACUACUUCAAAGAUAAUGAGAUUCUGCUCCAGAUCGACAAGGAUGUAAGGCGUCUGUACCCGGACAUGGCGUUUUUCCAGCGUCCCACCGACUACCCCUGCCAGCUCAUCUUGGAUCCUCAGAACGACUACGAGACGCUGCGGCGCCGGGUGGAGCAGACCACCCUGAAGGCCCAGACCGUCAACCGCAACCGCAGCGGAGUCACCAACGUCAGCUCUCCAGGGAAGUCCUAUAACCUGUAUCCGUCUAAUGAGUACGAGGUGCUGCCCAACGGGAGCGAAGCCCACUGGGAGGUGGUGGAGCGGAUCCUCUUCAUCUACGCCAAGCUCAACCCCGGCAUCGCCUACGUGCAGGGCAUGAACGAGAUCGUGGGGCCGAUCUACUACACCUUCGCCACGGAUCCAAACACUCAGUGGAACGAGCACGCCGAGGCCGACACGUUCUUCUGCUUCACCAACCUGAUGUCAGAGAACAGAGACAACUUCAUCAAGAGCCUGGACGACUCGCAGUGCGGCAUCACCUACAAGAUGGAGAGUGUGUACUCCAUGCUCAAAGACAGGGACCUGGAGCUCUAUCACAAGCUGGAAGAGCAGAACAUCAAACCUCAGUACUUCACGUUCCGCUGGCUGACCCUGCUGCUGUCUCAGGAGUUCCUCCUGCCGGACGUCAUCCGCAUCUGGGACAGCCUGUUCUCUGACGAGGGCCGAUUCCACUUCCUCCUGCUGGUCUGCUGCGCCAUGCUCAUACUCAUCAGAAAAAACCUACUGGCAGGAGACUUCACAGUCAAUAUGAGAUUACUGCAGGAUUACCCCAUCUCAGACGUCCACACCAUCUUGACGAAGGCCAAAGAUCUGCAGGAGAACUCCUAACCGGUUCCCUCUGGUCCUCGAGCCUCCUCUCAGAUGUGGUAGGUGGGAGCUGGAGCGUGAGAACGUUUUCAUGUCGGACGUGUCGUGAGAGGAUCAGUGACCACAGAUGCUCCCUGCUCCUGAACUCCAUGUGUGGUUAGCAGGGGCCGCUGUGAAAACCUGGAGGACUUGUUGAAAUGAAACUAUUGCUUCCUCCAAAGGAGCAGGAGAUGCCACUUUCUUCUCGGUGCGUUAUGGGAAGAGGUCGCCUUGGUACGCGUCCUCUCGCUGCCUCCUCUCCCACAGGAAGGUGUCGGGAUCAGACUGAACAUCUGAGGGAGAGUUCACCUCUCUGAUGUUCCACCUGAAGCCAGGACCGGACCAGACUCCUGCUGCCAGCGUGUGUCUGUCAGACUCAGAGUUUAACAGUGCAUGUUUGUUCUCAUUUUUAAAAGAUGAACCUUUUUAAUGUAAGGAACAUGUUUGCCUUAUCAGUUUACCAACGUGAAACAGGAAACCGUGUUCCUGGCUAAAUAUGAGUAAAUAUGAUGUGAUGGGUCUGUUGCAUAAGUAACCGUCUGAAAAUCAUAAUUGUCUGAGUGUUAUGUCUCUAAAAUGAGAGAAUACGUGGAUGAUCAGUCUCAUCCUUCUCUCGUGACCUCAUUUGACUGAAGCCCAGAGGAGGCAGAGGCCAUGUUUCCAGGGCAAUGAAGUAUGUCUCAUAUCUAGAAUUUUAUAAUCAUUUUUGUAAACACUCCUGAGCGGUGAGGCAGGGCCUGGAAGGCUCAUGAUUUUUCUUUUCCUGCUCCAGAAGAUUGGAUCAUCUGAAUAUUAACACGCUGUUGAAACGCAGUCUUCACAUGCACCUCAACAGCUGUAGCCAUCAACAAGUGACUGGAGAUUUGCAUUUCAGGAUGAUUAAAGCAAAGUACAUUUAACAGAGACACAUUCUGCUCAUACACACGUAUGAACAAAGUCUAAACGACACACGGCCAUGUGUCCUGUUUCUUUUGAACUCUGUGGAUCCUUCGCUGCUCAGGAGAGGAAGGACGUGUUGGAAGGAGCAUUUGAAAUGGGACAGUCUCUGAAUGCAGCGGCUGGAGGAAACUGCUCCUGAAGUGAGACACGGCCGUUGUGUAGAGAAGUAUUCAGACUCUUCCCACGUUGUGUUCAGGUUCAUCGUGUUUGCUUUACUCAUCCUUCAGAUGAUCCAGAGUUUAACCCGAGUCACAGGGAGGAGAGGAUCCUCUCUGGAGCCGAGCAGCACCAGGAUCAGCAUCACACAGAGUUAGGAAGGAAACACAAAUCCUCUGAUUCUAGCUCCCAGGUUAUAAGAGGAUAAAUACAGAAGAUCGGUCUCUCUGUUAAAAUUAGUUUUCACAACUAGCUAAUUACUUAAAAAACGUUUAUUUUAUUUUCCUUGCUUGUCCCAUAUUCUAAAAUCUUGAAAUCGGAUGUCUUCACUCAUUCAAACUUUAUUCUCAUCACAUCACGACUUCAUCCUUGAGUUUCCUGAUGAUUUGUUCCUCAACAUGAAGCUGACGCUCCAUCGACCUCAGUCACUGGAAGAAGUUCUGUAAAAACCUUUUCAAGUUCACCUCCAAACAUCUGAAGUCCACAAGGUUCACUUUCAAAUGACAAACACACGUUUUAGCAUUUGAAAGUUUUUUAUUUUAACAGUUUGAAUGAACAUUAUUCCUCAUGUUCCUCUUUGCUCUGUGUAUUUAUUUCUGUGUGAGGGUUACAAUAUUCUGUCUUAUGCUAUUUGCAUGGUUCCAGUUUUGUAAACACAUUUUGUAACGUCUCCAGUGUUCAGACUUGUAUGUUUUUACUUGUCUGCAUUCAAAUUAAAGAUGGUUUAAAUCAAAA